UUGUCGCACUCUGUGCUUUCAUCUUAGUUGUUGAUUUUGUGGAGAGGGAGAGUGUAGAGCUGAGCGCCACAGCCACUGUGAUUUACCCACCGCCGCCAUCUUCUCAACGCCAAAGUAAGCUACUUUACCGGCGCUGCCAGUCUCACCACCUUGUUUCAGGAAUCUUAGAGAGAGAGAGAGAGAGAAUGGCGAUAAGAUGUACGGAUUUCGGGGUGAAAAGUUGGUUUGCUUCCAACCCUAGAAAUUAUGCUUCGAUAAAUGUUAGGAUUUUCACCAUCAGAUGCUCCUCAGGUGCCGCUGCCACCGCCGUCGGUUUGGGUGAAAGACCCUGGAAAACAUCCGAUGCUAGACUUGUUCUUGAAGAUGGCUCAGUCUGGAAGGCAAAGUCAUUUGGUGCUUCAGGAACUCAAGUUGGAGAAGUGGUUUUCAAUACAUCUUUAACAGGAUAUCAGGAAAUUCUUACAGACCCCAGUUAUGCUGGUCAGUUCGUCUUGAUGACAAAUCCACAUAUUGGCAACACGGGGGUAAAUUUUGAUGACGAAGAAUCAAGUCAAUGCUUUCUUGCUGGUUUAGUGAUCAGAAGUCUAAGUAUCGGUACUUCAAAUUGGAGAUGUGCAGAGACACUUGGUGACUAUUUAGCAGAAAGGAACAUUAUGGGCAUAUAUGAUGUCGAUACCCGGGCCAUUACCCGUAGAUUAAGACAAGAUGGAAGCCUUGUAGGUGUACUGAGCACAGAAGACUCUAAAACAGAUGAGGAACUACUGAAAAUUUCUUGCUCAUGGGACAUUGUGGGUGUUGAUUUAAUAAGUGGUGUUUCAUGCAAUUCUCCAUAUGAGUGGGUUGAUAAAACAGGCUCAGAAUGGGAUUUUAACUCUAAUGAGAGAGCUGCAGAAACUUUUCAUGUUAUCGCAUAUGAUUUUGGGAUCAAGCAUAAUAUAUUAAGGCGUUUGGCAUCCUAUGGCUGUAAAAUCACAGUUGUCCCAUCAACAUGGCCAGCUUCAGAGACCUUAAAGAUGAAGCCUGAUGGAGUUCUUUUCAGCAAUGGCCCAGGAGACCCAUCUGCAGUUCCUUAUGCUGUUGAAACAGUUAAAGAAAUAUUGGGAAAGGUUCCUGUUUUUGGCAUUUGUAUGGGACAUCAGUUGCUUGGCCAGGCAUUGGGUGGUAAAACCUUUAAAAUGAAGUUUGGUCACCAUGGUGGAAAUCAUCCAGUCCGUAACCUUCGGAGUGGUCGCGUUGAGAUCAGUGCUCAGAAUCAUAACUAUGCAGUAGACCCUGCAUCACUGCCUGAGGGUGUGGAAGUGACGCAUGUCAACCUUAAUGAUGGAAGUUGUGCAGGCCUUGCCUAUCCUGCUCUGAAUGUCAUGUCUCUUCAAUACCACCCUGAAGCUUCUCCGGGGCCUCAUGAUUCGGAUCCUGCCUUCAGGGAAUUCAUACAGUUGAUGAAGCAAGUAAAGCAAAAUGCCUGACCAAAAUCUUCACCAGGUUCCGUAUACAAUCCAGGUGGGGUUUUGCGGAGAAUGAGUCUUGACUCUGUACUUGAGGUUGAUGACUUCUGCAAGCGGAAAGAAAUUUGUGUCUUAAUCAGCUUAAAUGCUGGCCUUUUUUUCUUUUUCAUUUGUUUGGAUUCUGCAUGUUGUUGAUCUAAGGUUGAAAAAAAAACGCAAUAAGCCAUAUUUGUAGCUUAGUAUCGUAUUAAACUAGCUGUGAUUGUCUCCACGCCCUUUCAUAA